AUGGCGUCUGGAAUUGCUGGUGAAUUAAUACAGCUGAUAGAAAAUGAAUUACCAGACGGUCGACACAGCUUACAAGAAAGUUACACUAAUCUAGAAAGGGUCGCUGUAUAUUGUGAAAGCAAUUAUGUGCAGGCUGCAGACAAAAAGAAAGCUUUGGAAGAGACCAAGAAUUAUACAACACAUUCUUUGGCCAGUGUUGCUUAUCAGAUCAAUAAUUUAGCUACAAACUUUCUCAAAUUAUUGGAUCUGCAGAAUAGUCAGCUGGCAGAGAUGGAGUCUAGUGUAAACCAUUUAUCACAGAUUGUUAUGAUACAUAAAGAAAAAGUAGCAAGAAGAGAAAUUGGUGUAUUGACUACUAAUAAAAGUGCAUCAAGACCGUUGGGAGUGAAAGGAGGAAUAAUAUUCCCUGAACAAACAGAGCGACCAAUCAAAUAUACUAGGAAAGCUGUUGAUUAUACUACACUAGAUGAAAUUGGACAUGGUGUUCGGCUGCAUAGUGGUAAUCCAAGAGCAGUUCGAAGUCCUUCAGUGACCAGUACCAGCUCAAGUAAUGCUCCAACAACUAAACCCCCGACUCCUCCAGUCAAUAGAAAUGAUACACUUGGUAGAGCAAGGGGUAAUCAUUACAGAUCAGUAGCACCUCCAGUUGCUCCUCCUUCAGUACCAGGACAUUAUGGUAGUCAGUAUGGAUCUGCAGGAAUGCCUCCUGCCGGUCGUUAUGAAGCUGGUUAUGCACCAUCACCGGUUAUGGGAACAAUUCAUUCCCCUCCACCAGUUGGUAUGGCUAUGCCAAUGGCUCACGGAGUACCUUCUCCAGGUAUGAUACAAUCUGCACCAAACUUUCCAUAUGGUGGAAGACAUGACUCUGUUGGUAAAUGUUAUUUAUUAUUUGCAGACAUGUCAUUACCACCCCCACCUCCUGAUCUGGAUUCAGAACGUAGAUUAUCUGAAGGUUUGCAUGAAGAUGAUCCUUAUGCUGCUACUGGACCCCAAUUAACAGAUGCUAGCUGGAGGCCUAAACAGUAUUUAGAAAAAGUGGUAGCUAUUUAUGAUUAUGAAGCUGAUAAAGCUGAUGAAUUAGCAUUCAAUGAAAAUGCAGUGAUCUAUGUAAUAAAGAAGAAUGAUGAUGGCUGGUGGGAAGGUGUUAUGGAUGGUGUUACUGGAUUAUUUCCUUCUAAUUAUGUUGAACCUUGUAUGUAA